AUGUGCCAGAUUGCGCAGCAAGAGGGAUUUGGAAAAGACAUUUGGACGCUCACGGUGGAUCAAAUCACAAAUUUCAUCAAGGGCUUCUUCGCUUUUGAGAUUGUCUACUCCGUGACACUCGCAGUCAUCAAAGCUUCGAUACUAUUCCUCUACCUGCGCAUUUUCGGGGCACUCACCGAGACUUUCCGCCGAAUCUUAUGGGCGACGCACAUCUUCAAUGUCAUUGUAUGCGUCACAUUUGUCAUUGUCAACUUGAACCAAUGCAAGCCUCUCAGCUAUUUCUGGUUCGGAUGGGAUGGUAGACAUCCUGGUCAGUGCAUUGACCUGUCUGCCAUGGCCCUCUCUCAUGCGGCCAUCAAUAUCGCUCUCGAUCUCUGGAUGCUGGUCUUGCCAGCGACACAAAUCUACAAGCUCAACCUGCAGAAAAGGCAGAAAGCUGGCAUCAUGUCCAUGUUUGGUGUGGGCAUCUUCAUCACCAUCGUCAGUGCUGUUCGCCUGCGCAGUGUAGCGCAAUUCAAUAAAUCAUGGAAUCCAACUUACGACUUCUUUGGCUUGGCACUUUGGUCUCACAUCGAGCUUUGCGUUGGAACAAUCGUAGCAUGCAUGCCAGCAGCUCGAGCCCUCGUCCGACGACUCUUCCCCGAACUCCUCUACGUCACCAAUAUCUCCACGAAUAGAACUUCCACUAGAGCUUCCGGCAACGUCAAGAUUGUAUCUCAGGACAUCGCGACCAUUGCUACGGAUGAUCUCCCCGAGAGUUCGACAGCGAAUUCUACGAAGAAGGACUCGCUCGCUACCCUGACGCCCGACAGGGUCCCGCUGAGACGACUGACUACGAGCGAUAGCUUGCUGCAAAUCUCUCUCAGCGAUCGUGAUCGCUCGUUAUACGGAGACUCACAGAAAGGAAGCAAACUCAGUGACUGGUAA